AUGGUACAAGCAAGUGUCCAAAUGUCCGAGGCAAAGGAGAGCGGCUCGUCAGAGAAUAUGGCCUCUGGUUGCUGGAGGAGAGGAAGGGUCUUCGAGGAGAACCUGGGUGUUUUGUGUGGGUUGAAGGAUUCUCCAAAGUCGCUGAGGAUGAUCUUCUCCUCUCCAAAGACAAGAUCAUCGCUAGGAACGCCAAACCAGCCGGGUAUGAAUACAUGCGCCGAUACGCCAUUUGACAAUGGCUUGUCAUCACGACGAAUAUGGCCCCUGACUCUGGCUCUCCGAAAAGCUUAUAUAGCUCUGACGUGGAAAGACGGUCAAUUGCAUCAGGAAACUGGACUAGGAUGUUGCCAAGAUGGAGGUCUUGCAAAUGGUGAAUGCCGCCCCACGAAUGAGCUGAGCUGA